GUCAGGCGUGACUUCAGCUACGUCAUCACGCAAAGAUAGCAUACGCUCAACCAAACGACGCACGUUUGUUUUUGGCGAAUGACAGAUCCCUACUGAAGUUGCUGAAAGUCAAGUGUCUCCGUGCAGAAGCUUUUACUCUGUGCACAAACAAAGAAACAGGGAUUACCAAAAUGUCUUCUAUUGAGCCCAUCAUCAGAUCACGACAGACAGAGAAAGAAGUCAAUGGAAUUUCAACACAGGUCGUCUGUACAGAGUUCAGCAAUUACAUAUUCAUAGUUCUCACUCAGUAUGGCAAAAUGGGGACGUUGAUAUCUGUCACACCUGACUCCAGAUCUAAUGAUAUCAGCACCCCAACAUUCUCCACCAAAGUAUUGCUGGGCAAAGACGAGCCUCUGACACAUGUUUGUGCCAAAAACCUGGCAACUUUUGUGUCGCAAGAAGCCGGCAACAGGCCUGUCUUACUGGGACUGGCGCUCAAGGAUUCCUCCAUAGAUGCAAUAAAACAAAUGAAAGAGAUCAUAAAAAGUUGUCAAGUCUGGUAGAGGGUCAACAUAAUGGACAUGAAGUCUAAAGGCUUGGUAAAAUACAGGCCUCUAGAUGCCCCCAAUGUCACAUUUUUCUCUUGUGUAUUUUUAAACUGAAAUAUUUUGAGUAUUUUCUAAAUGCCAAUCUGUGAUUUUUAAAAAAUAAAAAAAAAAACCUGAGGCUUGUGCUGCAAGACAAAAAUGUUUGUUUGUUGACUGAUCUUUUUGAUUAGUUGAGACAGUGAAUAAUGUCUUCUGAAAAACAAUUUAGAUUGUAUCUGGUGCUUUCUGCAAGCCACUGUGCACUUAAAAACUGAAUGUGCAAUAGCUUCAGUUUAAUGUAUGAAAUAUGUAUUAACCUUACCGUUUUUGUUUGUUUGAAUUUGUUCGACUUUAUACUAGUUAUUUUUGUAUGAAGAGAAUUAAGAAAUAAAACAGCUCACUUCUAAAACAAAUGCAACUCUUGUCAUCUCAGCCCCUAUUUUUUUUCUAAUCUUUCUAAUCUGCUUCGUCAAUUACAGCUGUGUUACAUUGGUGAAAUUGCAGUUAAAGAGUCAUUUAAAGUAAUUUUUUAACACAUUUCAAAGCAAAGCAUUCUGUGCUAGCAGUGUUUUACUGCAGAUGAUGACAAAAAACACUAAGCAAUGAGUUGCACUAUUUCAGAUCCAAUUGGCUGUGAUGAAUAUUGCUUUAAUUGUGUAAAGUGCAUUAAAUUAAUUUAUAAUA